UAGUAACACUUUCUCUCUCUAAAAAAGUUGCAGGUUUCUUUUGCGGAAAAAUGCUUUCAAAUCCGUUCAAAUUAUAUUUCUCUCUACAAACGAGUUGAAAGGUGAGGGGCAAAGGUCAACAACAGUCCACUUUCUCUGAGUUCGAGUUCUCUUCAGUUUCUCUCUCAUCAGUAGAUAAUGUGGAGGAAAGGAUCGCAGUAAUUUGGGUUCUGAUCGCUUUACUCUAUGUGUAUGCACGGAAUUGUGGUGAUGCUUUCAAAGCAUUUCUGUGCUCAAUCUAAAGGAGUGAAGAAGGAAAAAAAUUGGCAUUUAUUCUACCUUUCUGCUGUUAGAGUUUGUUUGCUCGAGUUGUAUGUGGUUGGUUUUCCAUGGAAACACUUGAUACUGGAGCGGGUAAGGGCGAUAAGCAUGUAGAAGAGAGUCGUGGUGGAAAAUCUGAUACUUUGACGUCACAGGAUAUCGUCAAUCCAGUUGUUUACAAACUUGUUCGGGUUAAAGGUGAUGGAACACUAAUACCUGCUACAGAUGAUGAGGUUAUGGUGGUGGUUGAAGAUUUGCUUGACGAUGACAAGGGUGGAACAUCAUUAGCUGUGGGCCCAGACAAUAAUGAUGAUUGUACUCCUACUGGAGACUGUACGAAGGGUGCUUUAGAGGAUACUGAAGGUUCUUCACAAUCCGAGGGUUUGGACAUCAACAAGAGAAAACUGAGCGCUAAACUUGAGUAUAUUGAGGGGAUGCUACAAAAGGUCAAAGAGGAAGAGCGGUUGCUUUUGUCGUGUGGAACUCCUGAUCCUUCUUCUAAAUUUAUUUUGGAUACAGAUGCGCAGUUGCGUGAUCAGAAUGAGCAAUUAAUUGUUGGUGAUGCAAACUUCCUGUCUGAAUACUCUUCACAAGUAAACUCCCCUCCAUUGUUGCCCUGCUUAACUGAUGACCAGGAUUCCAAAAUUGGCAGCCCUAACCUGUGCACCAAAACUAUGGCAGAGAAUGAAGGAAAUGAUUCAUCUUCUCAUAAUAACAAUAGUUUAAAGCCUGAUUUUUCCACUGUAAAAGGUGAGAUUUGUUUAGAUAAUCUAUCAAUAAGAGAACUUCAUGAAACAUUUAAAGCUACCUUUGGACGCGAAACUUCUGUUAAGGACAAAUUGUGGCUGAAGCGGCGAAUUGCUAUGGGCCUUACCAACUCUUGCAAUGUUUCCACCACCAGUUUCAUUAUUGAAAAUAAAUCCCUUAAGAAAACAAAUGAUGUGGAAGCAAUGGAAGGUGUGACACCUAGUGGGAGAACCAUUGAAGGUUGGGGUCUUGGUGUUGGUCACAUGGGUAGGAAUUUCGUUUCAGGAAAGAGGUUGAGAAAACCUAAAUUAGAAUAUGAGGUGAAAAAUGAUGAUCAUGGGCCAGAGCAAACCGCUUCCAAAAGAAUUCGUAAGCCUACUAAAAGAUAUAUUGAAGAACUCUCUGAAGUGGAGGCUAGGGAAUGCAGUGGUAAAUUGGUUUCCUCUGUUCGAAAUUCGGGGCAUGGUCAGUCAUCUCCAAAAUCUCGUGUCAGGCCUGCGUAUGAUGGUGGAUCAGUGAAAGCAGAUAUAGUGGCUAGGCAAGAUUCUCUUGGGGGAUCAGGUGUUCUUGUUCCAUUUGUUUCUAGAGUGCGAAGAGGACGUCCUAGGAAAAACUUCAUGGGUUUCAUGAAAUAUAAUUCCAGUGGCAUGGCUGCGAAACUGGUGAAGAAAGCCCUUGGUGUCCGUGCUGCUCGCCAGGAUGGUGAAAAGGCAGGAAAAAGGUGGAAUUCUAGAUCUAAUUCAGCACCUGCUGACCACUCGAUUGGUGCAAAAAUCCGGAUCGAGAAGGGUGCAAUAGUGCCACUUGUCAUUGAGGGAGAUACGGAGCAUUCAGAUCUCGAUCCUGCUGAUGAUGAAUCCGUCGUUACUGUUCCCACUGCAAAAGGUGGGAUAAGAAGGAAGCAUCACAGAGCAUGGACUUUGUGUGAGGUCAUGAAAUUGGUUGAGGGAGUUUCUCGUUAUGGAUGUGGAAGGUGGUCUGAAAUCAAAAGGCUUGCAUUUGCUUCCUACACAUAUCGAACCUCUGUUGACCUAAAGGACAAGUGGCGGAAUCUCCUCCGAGCCAGUUAUGCCCAAGGGCCAACAGGCAGAGAGGCCAGGAAUACCCGAAAGCACACAACACUACCGAUUCCUGCGCCCAUCCUCUUAAGAGUGAGAGAGUUGGCGGCAACACACUCCCAAUCUGCACAUGAUCGCAGCUCAAGUAAGCCUGUCGGCCGAAGCGGAAGAAGUGUACAUAAGAAAAGGGAGCCAGAUGCAUAUAACUGUAAAUGAUAUACAUGAAAAUAAUUAGAUAUAUUCUUACGUUUGCUUUUGUAUGAUAAUUCCAAGUCACUCGGGACUUUCCGAGCCUUGACAAAUAAAAAUAGAGUUGGGGCAAUUUGAAAACCUCAUGGGUCUCUAGAGGAUUGAAGACAGGGUUAUUCUGCAUCAAAAAAGAGGCAGAAGAGAGAAGGAUCUGAUGUUUUAAUCGUGUCGAAUUUUUAACAGGUGGGUUGUGUAAGAAACCUCAUGUUCCUGCCCUUGAUAGAUAAAUGUAUACAUAUAAUACAUGAGAAUGUGUUUAUUGACAAGGCAGGGUGCUAAUUGUUGGGGCUCAAGGGAAUAGACUGUUUCUGAGUAUCUUUGACCAGAGUA